AAUCUCCUCUAUUCGACGGCGUACCUGUAGGCUUACAAGUGAUGACACUGAGGUUGCCCAACUCCAGAGCAGAGUGCUGCCUUACUGAUAUGUCCUUCAAAUUCUCAAUCCGCCAUUUCAAUACGUGAUCUAUAAUAGCAGACUUGAUAUGUGAAUUCGUCUUACAGUUUAAUAUGUCAGGAAAUGCUGUCGGCUUUGGUUUUCAGGCCGAUGUCGCCAAUACGGGGUCCCUUCUCCAUACCCUUACAGGCAGGGCCCUGAAAGCUAUGAGCGACGGUGGAGUCGAUUUCUACUCAGUUAUUUCCGCAAUCACUCUAGGCAAGGGAAUCAUUGUACGGGAAUCCCUAGGAAACACGGUGCGCUCACACAUCUUGUCGAAAGGUGGUUUCCACUCCGUCCUAUCGAAAGCUCUAAGCAUCGGUUGGGGCCAUAAGGGGCUCGCAGUUGAGAUGACAAAUACGAAAGCGGGAACAAAUGCUCUUCUCCUAGUUGGAGCACUCGCUACCGGUUCGAGUUACUAUCGAGCUGCCCAGUGCUUCUCGGAACUUCUUUCUUUGCGUGGCUGCGAGCCUGAUACAUUGCCUAAUGUCGAUGUGUUGAAGCACAUGAUCGAGUACUUCGCCCCGUUUGUUUACGACCUUGGGUUUUCAAAGGUUUUUGAGAAUGUCACAACGACUGCAAUGCGCAUGAUAAAUAUACAGGCCCGCGACUAUACCCAAGCGUUUGAUCGUCUUACAAUCCACGGCGAUGUUGCGGGUGUUACUGGUGGCAUCAAUCAACUCCUUCUUACCUCUCAGAAAGGGGAGAGUCAAUACUUCAUUACAAGAAUGAGAGGCGCUUGGUUCGCUGCAUUUGCAGCUCAUAUUCUCGGGAUGGCAGUCGAGCUACGGCUUAAUGAUACCGUACUUUGGGCAUCCGCAGGGAACAAUGGGACCGCCAUCUUUGAGUUGGGCGAGCAUCAAAUCAGCCAAUUGUCAGUCCAGUCAAUUUCCAAUCAUCGAAUUGAGUUGCUGGACCCCUCAGACCGUGGAAGCGAUGACAAAAUGGUGGUGGAACAUCUGGUCGGGGAAAUGUUUGAGUCCUUCGUUGCUCGAGAGCCAAAGAUCGAUCCCGCCAUCUGGGAAGGUGUACGCCGCGGUAUAUGUCAAAUUUCAUCUAACAAACUCGCAAGAUACUUUUCCGAUAACUUGCCCAGAGAUACCUUCAAACACGAAGAUGCGCUUAGGGAAACCCUCGAGGCAUUUGGAUUCGACGCUACAAUCGCCGACUCGGCGGUGUCUUGCCCGAAACCUGGAGACGAUCGCUUCCAUUUAGAUAUUUUAGAUGACGAUUUACGGAAAGCGUUAUCUAUAACUUGCGGCUGGCAUGGGGGUCAUCAUGGCCUUUUGCGCUGUUCGCUACGGGAUGGCUGCUUAUGCAAAUAUGUCGGCGAAGUCAUAUAUUUCUUUGUGGAAUUCGUAAUGAAUUUUAUGUGGUGCCGUUUUGAUGCGAAAUCUGUUAGAAUCCGUGAUGACUUGUUUGAAAGUGACACUCACGAAGGCAUAUUUGCUAGUUGGACCAUGCAUACGCCUGACAUAAAGAAGAUCAUGGCCAAUAUAAUGAUGAUCACCUGCGGAGAGAAUACCGAUCAACUGAACAGAUGGGCCCAAGACCCGGUCGAAGAAUGCUAUACUAGUAUGCUUGGGUUUUCAGGCGGGAGAUACACCGUCGGCUAUACCUUUUUGCUACAAAACGACUGUUACGAUAACCAGGGGCGCUUCAUAUCGUUAUGGCCCGGCCGAGCUUCUGUUAAUAAUGCAAUGAGGCCGGUUAUAACGGAAGAAUCCGAUUAUUGUUCGCCAACAUUACAACUAUCUCCCCUUUCAACAGUCGCUCCGGGUUCUUUUCUUGAACCUCAUUAUCGCCCUUCAGAUGUAAGUGUUUGUAUGAGCGUGUCCAUGAACGAACAUUCGAUUUUGGUAGAGUUUCGGCUUCGGUAUGAGAAGCGCAUUUCGGACCCUCUUCCUUUAGCAAGCUCUGUCGGGUCCCUAGUGGGCUCACAUAUUCUGUGGUGUCCACAUGAUCCCAAGGCCAGAUUCAGAGUAGAGAAGGGUCAGAUUUUGGCAGUUGAUGGAUUCUACUCCUCCAACCCCAACAGGCGUACCACUGAUGGCAAUAAUCGCACCGUUACACAAUUGUUUGCUCUGCAUGGCAAUAAGCUUGAACAGGCUGUCAUGGCAGGAUAUCUUGGGAGACAUCACUGUAUAAUUCAAACGCUGGGAUGUUUAAAGUGCUGUGUUUCGGCAGCUGAGAACUCCGACUGUGGCACAUAUGUGAUUAUGGGAGGAUAGACCUGCAUUGAUCAGAAAUGUUGAAAUGUUCUGUACAAUAUUAUUCUCCUGUCGACUAUACUUCGCAUGACCACAUCGAGUACCGUUUACUGAUUGAAAAUUAACAACUUCGGCGCCAAGCGUGAGAAGUAUAGCCAUAAGUAAAGGCAACAAACGGGAUUUAAAAGAUUGGGAAAACCCAUACUCUCCUAUCAUUAUGACUUUUCUAGAGUACUAACAUAACUUUCGGUGUCCAAAACCACCUCCAAACAAUUCAUCCUGGUAUUAAACCUGAUCAGGACCUAGAAAACCCCUAUCUGCGGGGUGUCGCGUGUCGAAAAUUAAGCCGCGAAACAAAAAACAAUAUUUCCUUAUUCCGCAACAGGAAAACACUCGCCAAGGCCAAUACCAAACGCCUCAUGCCUCCAGAGUCCUACACUCUAUCCUAUCUUCUUUCCAUCCUAGACGCCGCCGCAGAUGUCCUGCUGGAGUGAGAUCCCUAAAGUACGAUGUCGCAACGCAUUUUCCACCGACAAGUAUACAUGUUAUUAGACGAAAAUUUAGCUCGUACUUGCGAGCAUUGAUGAUGUC